AUGGAAUCAGUGGAGUUUGAUGCUGCUUUAGGUGGGACUGAACACUUACCACAUUCUGCAAAUAGUUUGAAAUUUGCAGCGUCCAGAAGUAUUGAAAUUGCUGCAAUGACCGAAAGUAUUUUACGACCUAGUAAAACUAAGCUCAUAUUUCAAACUUUACCCGUACAUAUGCGGCGUAGAGUAAUGAGCCACAAUUGCAAACGUUUACCAAGACGAUUAAGAGAGGGACACUUGGAGCAACUUAUAAAGAGUGGUCUACCACCAAAGCAAAAACGUCCAUCUCGCAAACAUAGGCGACGUCCAACUAAUCUUUUAGAAGAAUAUAAUAGACGCCAAAAAAGAAAUGUUUGGUUAGAAACUCAUAUUUGGCAUGCUAAAAGAUUUCACAUGGUUGAACGCUGGGGACACCGUUUACCCUACAGACCAUGCGACAAAGCCUUUAGAGCUUGCUACCGUGCUACCUCAGCUCAUUGUCUUCUACAAGAUAUAUCUUAUUAUACACCUAUUAAAAUACAGGGCUCAUUUGAAAUAAUUAUAGAAUUAUUUAAAAACAUAACUAGCAGAUUCUGUGAUCUUAGUAUUGGUGCCAAAGCUUACCUUAAUGGUAACAGGGAAGGGUCCAUAAAUUUAUACAUGCCCGAUUCAUAUCCAUUUCAGUUCAUUGGUAGAGUUCAAUAUUUAUGGAUACACUCAGAUAAUGUAACCAAGGAAAUAUGGUUAUUUGUACAUCCAUCUCAAGCAAAAUUGGUAGAAAAUGUUUUGAAUAAUUUAAUAAACAAAUCAGCUAGUAACAUUUUAAAUUAUGAAAACAAAGAAAAUUCUAUUGUCAAAAAAAGGAAAAUUAUGACCAAAUUUUCAGAUAUAAAAUUAAAUGUAAUGGUAGGAGCAUUUAAUAGAUUUCGCUUAACUGGUCCUAGAAGUCAUGCUGUAUUAGUCGAAGCUCUUAAAUGUGUAGAGAACAUAGAAAAAAUACAGUGCAAUGAUUGGGUGCAUGAAGUAUUAAAGUCAAAAAAUGAACUAUUUUUAAAAGAAAAGCAUGAAUAUUGGAACAGUUUAAAGUCAUUGAGUUCUCCAUCCCAGGUACCAUCAAGACUAGUAAUAGGUUUGGUCAUAAAAGAUCCCCGUUGGAGUCGACCUAUCAAAAGAACUAAAGCUGAAACUAAUUUUGACUCAAUUGUUAAACCUGAAUCAUUAAUAUACAUACCAGCUUAUUCAUGUGUAUCUCCAAUAUGGAAUACAUCAAUUCGUGAUAUUAUCAAAAAUAAAAAGGUUACUAAUUCUCAGUUCAUUCAACAUAUUACUAAAACACAGUUGGUACCAGGAGAAAUAAAUGAGAAUGAUCCUGCGCUACAAAGUAUUCCUAUUCUCUUAAUACAAAGACCUGGUUCUCAAAAUUCUGAAUAUAAAAAAGUGGGAUACGGUAGUGGAUGGGACAUAAUUAGUCCAUCUGGCUAUGGUCUGCCAUUAUGGUUAACAUUAAUUAUGUUUGGUGCAAGAUCUGGAGGGCUUCGCGAAACAGAAAGCUUAGCUUUUGAGAUGGGUGAAAAUUAUUUACCGCCCGACUCCGAAGCAGGCAGACAAGAGGAAAACAGAUUGGAAAUAGAGAUGAAAGAAAAAUAUUUCAAAAAACCGCCCAGUAAAAGGGUCAAUUAUAUAAAACUUGCUGUUUCAAAUCCCUUUUUAUGUCCAUGGAGGAUUUUACUAAAAGAUUGGGGAAAAACUAAAGAUGAUAAAAUGUUUGUUUUACGUGAUAGGAAUAUAUUGAAUAUGUUGGAGGAUUGUAUUAAUAAAAAGGCGAAAUUAUCAGAAAUAGAAAACUCAGAUUAUUGUUUAGUUCCCAUUUAUUUACAAGUAAUAGGCAAAGGUCAUUUAACUAAACACGCCAUGAUUUGCAUGCCGCAAAUAAAAGAUAUCUCCUCUAAUCAAAAACUAAUGGAGCCACAUCAUGAAGAUCCAAAUGAAAAAUUAAGAAGACUGAAAAGGCGUGAACACAAUAAAGUGUUAAAGCAAAUGAGAAAAAGGCGUUUAAAAUUACGAAAAAGUGCAACUGGUGUCCUGAUAAAGACUAAAAAGAAUAAUGGAAAUGUGCCAUCGGAAUAUGUGAAGACUAUGAGGGAACUUUGGCUGCCCACUAAUACACAAUCAGUACGCAACGUUUCUAUAAGAGAAAUUAUGGGAUACCUAACACAUGGUGCCUUUAGCUUCUCUGAAUCUAAAAGCUGUGGAACAGGCUAUAUAGCCUACAACUCACUUGUAAAACUUCUGAAUUUGAAUUUAAAUAAAGUUCUUAUUAGAAACACCACAUCUAGAAUAUAUAGAUUAGCUAAUAUAAGAAUAAUAAAAUCUUCUUCAAUCUGGAUUAUCUUUUAUUUACAAUGUUCUAAUCAUAUAAGAUUAAAAAAUGUUCGAACG